CAUUCCUUACGAUACUCCGUGCCUACCUAGUAACAAACUACCGUACGGAUCGUCCUCUCCACCUUUGCCUUGUCAAAGCAUAAAUUCCAACCAUUCAAUAUCAACGUGGGACUUUAAUAAGCCUCCUAACCUAUUCUACAUAUGCAACAACACAGCACAGCACAAUACAAUACAAAACAAAACACCCUCGAAAAAGUCAAGACAAUAUUUCCUUUAAUUUUCUAUUAUUUCAUCAUUCAAAAACAAUCCCUUUCAUCUAUUUAAUUCAAUUUAUUCGACGUGUGUCAUAAAGGGACCCCUCCCUUUUCCCCGCAUAUUAAAGUUGUGGUUUGGCAUUUUCUCUUACGAAAUUGAGAAUUUCGUGACUAAGAGAUUUUCUUCAUCUCGGUUUUUUUUCCCUUUGAUCAACCUCUGUAAAGUGCCAGUGCAACCACACACAUCCUUUUACUUUUUCAAUCAUCACAAUUAUUACAGCGCUUGCUGGGCUUGUCUCUUAUUCACCGUCUAUUCGUCUCUCGUUGGCUUAAUCCCAACCACCUGGAUUCAUAUUUACUAUAUUUCCUGCAAAUAUCUCCCUCACCUCCCAGCUCCCAGGUCUCGUGCAGCAUAAAUGUCCGAUAUGGCUGUGGCAAACUCGAAUGUACCACUGCCGACAAGGCCAAUGAUGAAAUCAGCACCAAACUUGAUACCUCGCAAACAUUCCAUCACGCCACCAAUGUCUGAUCGUGGAGACAGGACCAGCUUUUCAAGUGUAAAAGAAAAUACUUCUGGAGUUCCUCAAUCUUUCACCGAUUCCAAGGUCAGCUCUUAUCUGAAGUACGAAGUCGAUAGCAACGAGAACGAGAUCGCCAUUGAUGACACGAGCAGUGGAGGUUCUAGAACUCCACCAGAAAACGCCGAGCCCGAUAUGCAAACGUUGUGGUCUACAAACCCUCAUAGCACUCUCCAUGGAUUCGUUUGCCCUUGCGAUGGCUUCCGAGGUUGGAAGCAAAUUGCAGUACGUGGUAAGGUAGCGAGUAAAAGCUACAGUGAUUUAAGGAACAUGAAGAUGGGCUGGGGAUGGGACAGUGAUUGUGAGUCAAAGGUUAAUCCCGAGCCGGAAUUGAAGCCAGCGGCCGAGCCGGUUAUGGAAGAAGUCAAAGUCAGUAAUUCUGGAAAGUCUCCAAUCGAGAUGCUACCUGCGGAACUACUUGGUAAGCUAUUUCCCUUUUUGAUCAAAUCCACCACCUGGAUUACUGGAUAUCUAUUUACAAAACGAAUUCGUCCCCUCGCCCAAAUCGACUCCAAGGAAUCGACCCUUAGGAUAAGGGUGAUGAUGUAGUCACAUGACUCUAGUUCCUCUGGGACAUCUGGGAACAGCUUUAUCUACAACUCUACAAUAAUCCUGUGGAUUAUGCCAGGAGCUUGAGGUUCAACGUAUGCCUACAAUGACUUUUGGUAUAGUGCUAACAUCAACAGGCGCUAUUAUUGAUCAGCUUGUUAUGGAUAUUCCCCCUGGCGGAAUCACACCACGGAAUGUUGACUUGAUGUCUCUCCUCCUUACAUCGCACGCGAUGCAUUCGGCAACUUUAGCUUCUCUUUAUACGAAGAUCACUAUCCCGCACUCUCGAGUCUUUCGCAAGUUUCUGGCCCACAUUAGAGAUUAUCCAGCUUUAGGCACGAUUGUCCGACGAUUGGACUUCUCCCACUUCAACCCAACUGGUAUUGGUCUCACGGCUAGACAGCGUGCUGAGACAUUGAACUUAAUUCCAGCAACUCUUCUCGAAUGUCUAUCUUUGACUCCAAACCUACGGGAAUUCUUGAGCCAGGAGCACAUCGAUGACGACAUGGAUUCAAAGGUUAUUCAAAAACUCCUCUGCGAGUUAACCAAUUUGCAAGCACUGGACUUUUGCGCCUGCUCAUCAGCUUCUUUCCGCGAUUCCUUCACCACGGCCGUGAAUACCUCCCCACUUCCUAAAACUCUUCCCUUUACCAGAUUGAGUUUCCACGAGUGUACAAAUUUACCAUCCUCCGUCUUCGAGACCCUCCUUCCACGGCUUCCAUAUCUGACCCAUCUUGACGUCGCGCACACUCGCAUUACGGAUGACAUUCUUUUUUCGAUUCCCCAAGCAGCGAGGCUCACGCAUUUGAAUAUCAGCAAAUGUUCUUACCUUUCAGGAGAACGAGUAGUCGAAUUCCUUAGCACACACCCUGCUGUCAGGUCACUCGCCUAUCUCAAUCUCGGUUCCGAUAUUAAAUCUCACGAAAUGCUUAAUCGUUACGAGGUUGCAUCUCUUCUUCCAAUCCUCCCUGAUACUCUUCGAUCAUUAAGUCUCAAAGGAAGCGAAAUGCAUGAAUCGCACAUUCCACUCUUCCUACCACUUACAAAACAUCUUGAGGAGCUUGGUCUAGGUCAUGGUUUAGUGUUAUCCGAUGUUCGUCGACUUUUUGUACCAGACCAAGAUGCUAGUAUUGAAGAACAAAUUGCUUGGGUUCCACAUAGUUUACAUUAUAUCGAUGUUUCAGAUCUUUCAAAGGCUCAACUCGAUCUUGGCACAUUAUUUGGUUCAAGCUGUCCAAUCCUUAGAAACGAUACCUUACCACUUGAAGUCAUGGAGAUUAGUACAGAAUGUUUCAAAGUCAUGAAUACUAGUUCUUUAGUGAAGCGCGCAGGUUGGUGUUUGAAGGAGGCAGGUCGAAGAUAUUGGUUGGUUCGCGAAGAUAAGACUGAGGAAAGUCAAAACGACUCUGGAGGAAGACAAUGGAAAUGGGGAGCUAACUACUGGGGUAUGAGGAAAGUACCAGUUGCUCGAGCGGAGGUGGGAGGUAUGUAUGGACAUUAUAUGUUUAAGCGAUGAAGCUGGGAAGAAUGAAGGCUGCGAAGAAGGAUGAUUUCCUUUGGAUCAUAGCUUUUUUAUUGGUCUCACGUUCUCAGGAUUCAUGCAAUUUUUGAUGCGGUUCAGCAUACGAUGCAUUGUUUCGGAGUGAUCUGUUUGUUGGGAGUUUGCAUGGGUGAUGGAUGGAUCAUGGGUUUUAUUCUCUACUCUUUUCCUUUUGCUUCCCGUUCGGUUUGGGAUUUGGGGUUUCGGAUACUUUAACGUGCGUACUGGGAGUUUUGCAGCAUGGAUUGAUUGGAUAUAUGGAGAGCGUACAUAGUACGCAAGGGAAAAAUAGGUCGCGAAAGGUAGCAUAGCGUAGGUAGCGUAGCAUAGCAUAGCAUAGCAUCUUAUCUUCUCUAGCGGGGAAAAAAAUAAUAUAAUAGAUACAUAAAUGAAGGGGUGGAUGAGU